UCCGCGUGCCUCUCCUUGUCUCCUCUAGAGGUAGAGAGGGAAGGCACACGCGGCUUCCAAGAAUGCCCGAUGAGGCGAGACCAGCAAAGCAAGACCUUUCUCUUCUCGCGCAGACCGGACCGGAGAGAGAUGUGUGGAAGCGAGCCGGAGAGGGACAGCGGCCCACUACUCCCCAGUCCACGCACCAUUACCACCGCCCUCCUGUCUACCACCACCAGCUGAUGGGUAGAGGGAGAGAUAGAGGGGGGGAGUUGAAACUCCAUCAGUCGAGUCUCUGGGCAUGCGUGCUUCCUCAAACUCUCGCCCCGUCCGCCCCAGCCUCCUGUUGCCACCACCAAUCCAUGGGCCUUUUUGGGUUUUCGACCUCACCUCACCUCACCCAUGGGUCAGAGGAGCUCUCCCCUUCACACGCCGCCCACCCGCCCGCCCGCGGCAGGAGAGGAGAGAGAAAGCGGGGGCGAGCAACAGCAGGCCAGGCAGGCGCAAGAAACUUCCCCCCACCUCCACCACCUCCUUCUCCUCCUCGCCUUCCGCCUUUAUUUCUUGUCUCCUUCCUCGGUCCUAUCUCCUCUCCUGCUCCGCCUUUUCCUCAUCGGUUCCUCCUCCCCUAUCCUCUCGUCCUCGCUCCCUGCGCUCCGUUUCUUGGGUGCUUGAGGUGAGGUGAUCCCGGCCAUGGCGGCCAUCAAGAAGACCAAGGUCGUCUUGGCGCAGCCGGCGGUGGGGGCUCCGGCGUCGCGGCCGCCCUUCUUUUCUCGCGCGCCGGGCCCGGUCCGAGGCGCCGGCGACGAGGCGGCGUACAGGGCCAGCCUCAGGUACCGCGCCCUCCUCCAGGACUACCAGGAGCUCAUCAAGGAAACCCAAGCAAAGAAGAAGAGGCUGCACAUGGAGAGGCUCAGGAAGCAGAGGCUUUUGGCUGAAGUCAAAUUCUUGCGGAAGAGAUACAAAUCCAUGUCUGAAAACCCAUCUCAGACAAUUGUUUGUAGACUGAGGAAUCCAGCAAUGUCGUCUGCAUCCUGGACAGCAGCUUCGGCAGGUGAUGCCCAGCACCAGUCAGUUCAUGGCGUCGGGAGCUCCCAGCACCAGUCAGUUCAUGCUGUCAGGAGCUCCAGUAGAAGCCAGUUGGUGCACCGAAGGCACGGUGGUUCUCCAAGGGCAUCUCCAGUGAUUGACCUCAACGAGGCCUGUGAGCUGGGUUAUGAGGAGAUGGAAAUCGAUGAGCACCAUGGUUACAGGGCCCCUCUAGGCAUCAACAAGUCAAAGAGGUAUCCGAUGGAAGGUGAUGCUGCUGCCGGACCAAGCCAGGUUAGAAUGCCUGUGUUCUGGGAUGUCCAGAACCCAGCAGGGCGAUCUGGGAAGAGGAAGAUCUCAUGGCAGGAUCAGUUGGCCCUGAGAGUAUAGGUAAAUGAUAAUGUUUAGCUCUAGUACAGUAGUACUAUUCUAGUAGGAUCAGUAUGUGCCAUUGCUAGCCUGGUAAAUGUAAAGGGAUGGUUGGGACAAUUUCAAUGGUUAUCUGCUCAUGUUUAGUGCUGAUGAAAACAUAGGCUGUUGGCUGUUGCAUGAUAAAGUAGUCGGGUGUGUGUGAUGAAUCACCGAAAUCUUAUGGUUAAUAUUGGUAUGGAAGGCUAAUGCUUCAAUGAGAGAUGUAGCUUCCAAGGAUGUAAUCUGUUCAUGUAGAGUUGCAAAAAUGAGGGUGCCUGCUCUCUUGACAUAGUAAACAUAAAGUUCAAGAAAAAGACAGUUUUGGCAACAGUUUAUUGUA